AUGGACGAAACUAACUUCAAGUUGAACGCGUUGUUCUUUCGCCGGGUCAUCAUGUUGCUAGGCAUGAUGUACCCGCGAUGGACAUCGAUCACCGUACCGUUGACGAUUUUCGUCCUGCUGGUCAGCAUCCUGAAUGAGAUGCUCACUUAUUACGUCGGUGUAUUGCCCAGUGAAUAUUUCGUCGUACUCACCGGACGCGAUCGCAUCGGCUUCAACGGUCUCGUUGUCAAACGCUUGUUUUUUUCUUACAGAGACCAGCGGAUAACGCAAGACGUGGAAAAGACCUGUCGUCUGUUCAGUGAUAUAUUCUGUCGAUUGGUCAUGGCCCCGUUCAUCAUCAUCUACUACUCCUACCAGACGUACGCCAGUACUGGCUACCUUGGUCCGUUGACCAUUUAUGCGUAUUUCAUUUUGGCGACCAUCGUCAACAAAAUGGCCAUGUCACCGGUGGUUCGAAACGUGGUCAAGCAGGAGAAAAAGGAAGGCGAUUUCAGGUUCAAGCACGUCGGUUUACGGACGCACUCGGAGGCGAUCGCGUUUUAUCACUCUUCAUCGCUAGAGAAACUGCUGACCAAUGAAGAGCUGGAAAACCUGUUGAAAGUGCAGCAGAAGCUGAUGAAUUGGCGCUUUCAGCUGAACUUCAUGACAAACCUGUCCGACUACUUCGGCGGCUUUCUAAGUUACCUGAUAUUGUCCGUGCCUGUGUUUUUCCUUGGUACCUACGACCACGUGCCUCCUGCGGAACUGUCAGGAUUAAUCAGUAGGAACGCCUUUUACUACCUGUACCUGAUCAACUCGUUUUCCACGUUGAUCAAUCUGGCGCAGACAUUCAGUGACAUUGCCGGCACAACGCACAGGUAA